AAAUGUGUUCAAUUAAUGAAAAUGAAAAACUAAUAAGUGCUAUCAGCGAUGCAAAUUGUGGACUAUUUGAGUUUACCAAUGAAGGUAAUUCUGUGGAAGUUGGAUUCUUAUGUUGGAUUCAGACUACACCAAGCACAGAGGAUAAAAUUAAUAAUCAAGAUUUAAUCAGUGAAAAAACUGAGAUAGUUUUAUUUUGGCCUAGUAAUAUGGAUGUGACGUAUGCUUCAGGUAUGAUUAAAAGAUGUAAAAAAAAAGAGAUGCAAUGGAUAAAAGUUUCAGCUAUACUUUUAGCACAAGGAAAUUGGAUUGAAAUGUGUGAAAAAAGAAAGUAUUAUAUAGCACAUAAUAAAAUAUCUCCAUGUCGCUCUAAAAGUCAUGAAAGACAUAUUAUUUUAUCAGAAUCAACUGUCACCGAUAAAAAUAAAAUGGUUACAACCACAAAUGCUUCAGCUAAACGUAAAUAUGCAGUGCUAAGCUCAUCAAGUGUGUUAAAAAAAUUAAAUUGCAAAAGAGGAGCAGUUGAACCAUGCGGAUCAAAUUUUGAGGAUCAUGUUGAUAAGUUAGAGCCACAAGAAGAUAUAGUCUAUUCAUCAGAUGAUGAAAAUCUGUCAUUUCCACUCUCAAAGUUAUCAAAAGAUGAUCUGAUUAUCAAAGUGAAAAUGCUAGAAGUUCAAAAUAAAGAUUUAAGGUCCACUAUUGCUAAACAAAGAGUGAUGAUAGAUAUUUCUGAAUCAUUUCCAAGAAUACACGAACUUUCAAAUUUAGUUUUAAAAAAUUUGGAAAGUAUUACAGAAAAACAAAAAAUUUCAAUUUCCGUUUCUCCUUUAAAAGCUAGAACAAAUAUUUCCUCAAUAGCUAUGGUUUCAAAGGUAACAAGUAAAAAUGUAGUUAAAGACGUUUCCAAGGCUGAUAAUGUUGAUUUCUGUAAUCAAAUGCAACCUGAAUUACUUUCAAAUCAACCCCACAAUAUAUUAGAGGAUUUUAAUGGUAUUCAGAAAACUAUUGUUAUUGAAAAGGACACAGUUGUUGAAGUGAGCAAAGAAAUUGUUGAUAAACCAAAUCAGUCAACAAUUGAUAAAAUAGCAAACCCUAAGGAUAUGGAAAUUGUAAAAAAAGUUGCUUCAAGUGCCAUGGACCAAUCUGAGGUGUCUUCAGAAAAUUGGGUUGAACUUUGGCCUAAAUCAGGAAUAGAAGUUAACUCAUUCGCGUUAUCAUCAAUCAACCGUAAAUGCCCAUCUAAAAUGAUAUCGGAUCUUAUGAUUAUUUUAUUCACCGACAAUGAACUACGCAAUGGAUCAGUUACUGGCAAAAAAAGUAAUUUCAUAAAAAGUGGAGAACUAAAAAAACAGCUUGAUGUAAACAAAGUGAAGGCAAUAAAAGAUUUUACACAAGAUAUUUUCAGAGAUGUUACUGAUGAAAUUAUGAACAAAGCUAUAAGAACAAAACUAAAUAAUUUUUCAAAGAAACCAAAAGCCCUAGACUUCAAUGUUGGUUCAGCUACCAGGCUUAAAAAUACCAUUUAA